AUGUGGGAUGAAAAUAAUAAACUCUCGCUCACUCUUCACAAGCAGUAUCCAACUUGUGGUCUUUGUGGUGACUUCAACAGCAUUCCAGGAGAAGAUAUUAAUGAGCACAUUGACAAUAGUAAAAUUCCUGGUAAUUGUCCCAAAGCUGUUACCAAAAGCUAUCAAGUUUGUGAAGAUGGAGUGCAUCAUUGUAACAAAAUUAUUGGAACCUACUUUGAGAAAUGUGGAAAGGUUGGCACUUUAUCCAACAACUACAAAAUGAUCUGCAUUGAUGAGUACUGCCAAAGUAGAGACAAAAAGUCCACCUGUGACACUUAUGCAGAAUUGUCCCGCCUCUGUUCAUCAGAUGGUCCCGGCACCUAUGUAUCCUGGAGAGACGAUCCUGAUGUGGUUUGUGAAAAACCUAGAUGCCCAGAAAAACAUAUCUACAAAGAAUGUGGUCCCUCAAAUCCUGCAACUUGUUCUAAUGUGGCUCCUUUUCAAGGCAUUGAAUGUGUGAGUGGCUGCACCUGCCCAGAAGGUUAUCUAUUGGAUGAUAUUGGAGAGAAAGGGAGAUGCGUGUUGAAGGCUGACUGUCCCUGUGAAUCUAAUGGAAAAGUGUAUCAGUCAGGAGAAAUCCGUGAAGGUUCUUGUGGUUCUCAGUGCACAUGCCAAGAAGCAAAGUGGUCUUGCACUAAAAUGCUAUGUCCUGGAAGAUGUAAGGUGGAAGGAAGUUUGAUUACCACCUUUGAUGGUGUUAAAUACAAUCAUCAUGGAAACUGUCACUUUUUGGCCAUCCAUGAUAAAGAUUGGUCUGUUAGUGUUGAGCUUCGUCCAUGUCCAAGUGGUCAGUCAGGAACAUGCUUAAAUAGUGUUACACUCCUCUUGAAUUCGUUUGUUCCAGUUGAAAAAUACAUAUUCAAUAGAGAUGGAACAGUCACAAAUGACAAGAUUAGAAAUCAAGGUUAUUAUUAUUCAGAAAAAAUACAGAUCUCCAAUGCAUCUUCCUCAUACCUUCAAGCAGAAACAUACUUUCAUGGAAAACUGCAAAUACAAAUUGUUCCUGUGAUGCAAUUAUAUGUUUCCAUGCCACCCAACCAAUUCACAGACACUGUAGGACUCUGUGGUUCCUACAACAACAGAGCAGAGGAUGAUUUCAUGUCAAGUCAGAAUAUAUUAGAGAAGACAUCUCAGGCAUUUGCUAAUUCUUGGGAAAUGAUGCCUUGUCCUAAAGGAAACACUGCUUCAUGCGUCAGUAUAGAAAAAGAAAGGUUUGCUGAAAGGCACUGUGGAAUUCUUCUUGAUUUGAGUGGGCCUUUUGCUUCCUGCCAUUCAGUUGUGGACCCUAAACCAUAUCAAGAGGAAUGCAAAAAAUAUACUUGUACUUGUGAAAAUAGUCAAGACUGCCUGUGCACGAUUUUAGGCAACUAUGUGAAAGCAUGUGCUGAGAAGGAAACUUACAUGAUAGGAUGGAGGGCUGGGCUUUGUGAUCAAUCUUGUCCAAGUGGCCUAGUUUUCAGGUACAAUGUUAAAACCUGCAAUAGUUCCUGCCGAUCAUUGUCAGAGAGAGAUAGGAGCUGCGAUAUGGAAGAUGUUCUAGUUGAUGGAUGCACUUGCCCUGAUGGAAUGUACCAGACUAAUGAAGGAAAUUGUGUUCCAAAAUCUCAGUGUGACUGCUACAUAAAUGACGAGGUCAUACAACCAGGCAAACUCAUUCAUAUUGAUGACAAUAAAUGCAUAUGUCGAGAUGGAAUUCUUCUUUGCCAGACUCCCAUUGAUUUAACACUACAGAAUUGUUCUAGAGGGGCUGAAUAUGUUGACUGUAGGAAUCCUAAGGCACAGAGAAGAGUUGACAGUACCUGUAGCACUCGGAACAUACCUAAUUUUGAAGAGAACUUGCCUUGCAAGCGUGGAUGCUACUGUCCUGUAGGAAUGGUUCGAAAUUCUAAAGGGAACUGUGUCUUCCCUGAUGACUGCCCAUGUUCUUUUGGUGGACAAGAGUAUGACCAAGGAAGUGUCACCUCGGUUGGCUGCAACAAAUGUACUUGCAUAAAAGGAUCUUGGAACUGUACACAAAAUGAAUGUCAAACCACCUGCCAUAUCUAUGGGGAAGGUCAUGUUAGAUCUUUUGAUGGAAAAAGUUACAGCUUUGAUGGUCUCUGCCAGUAUUCAUUUAUUGAGGAUUAUUGUGGUCGUGAAAAUGGCACAUUCCGUAUUUUAACUGAAAGCGUCCCGUGUUGUGAAGAUGGGCUUACAUGCUCAAGAAAAAUUAUAGUUGUUCUUCAGGAUCAGAAUAUUGUCUUGCAAGAUGGUAAAAUCACAGCAGUCAAAACUACGGAAAGUAAGGAAUGUGAACUCAGUGGAAAAUCAUACUCUGUUCAUACUGUUGGCCUGUACUUGAUUUUGAAAAUUUUAAGUGGAAUAACCAUAAUUUGGGACAAAAAUACAAGAAUUUCUGUGUUAUUGGAUCCACGCUGGAAUGGCAAAGUGUGUGGUCUUUGCGGAAAUAACAAUGGCGAUCUUAAGGAUGAUUUCACAACGAGAUACUCAUCAGUAGCUGCUGGAGCACUGGAAUUUGGAAAUAGUUGGAAAACAAGUCAAGAAUGUUCAGACACAGUAGCUCAAACCUUCCCAUGUGACUCAAACCCAUACUGUAAAGCUUGGGCUGUGCGGAAAUGUGAGAUCAUCCGGGACAGCACCUUCAGAGACUGCCACAAUAAGGUGGACCCCAGUACGUACUAUGAUGCAUGUGUUGAAGAAGCUUGUGCAUGUGACAUGGAGGGGAAGUACCUGGGAUUCUGCACAGCUGUGGCGAUGUAUGCAGAAGCAUGCAGUGCGGUUGGAGUAUGUGUUACAUGGAGGAAACCAGAUCUCUGUCCUGUCUACUGUGAUUAUUAUAAUGCACCUGGGGAAUGCAGCUGGCAUUAUAAACCUUGUGGUACACUGACUGCAAAAACAUGCAAAGAUAGAGUAAUUGGCCAGAAGUUUUCUGCAGUUUUAGAAGGCUGUUAUGCUAAGUGCCCAGACAGUGCUCCCUUCCUGGAUGAGAACACCAUGAAAUGCGUCAGUUUGUCUGAGUGCAGCUGCUUCUAUAAUGACAUCAUACCUGCUGGUGGAGUGAUCCAAGAUAACUGUGGGAGAAUAUGCUAUUGCAUCGCAGGAGAGUUGGAGUGCAGUGAAACUGCUCCUACAAAUUCAACAUUUACAGGUAUUACUAGAACUCCAGUGCCUAUCACCUCCACAGCUGGAAGUGUGGGCACCACAGGAGCAGUGGGCCCCACCUUCACCAGUCCUGGGCUUAUAUCAGGGUCAACUGGAGGAUCAGUAAGUGCAACCACAGGCGCUGAAGAUGGAAGCACAAGUGACAUAGGCUUCAGAGCAGGGACCCCAGGAGUAUCAGAGGGUUUCACAACCAUGCAUGGAAGCAAGAGCACAAGUGGGAACUCACCUACCCCAGGCACAACCCUGGGAGGCCAAGCAGGUGUAACAGGAGAAUUUGUUAGAACUACCACUGGAACUGGCAGUGGCAUCACAGCUAGACCACCUUUCCAUGGUUCCAGCCCAACUGGAACAACUGGAGGGGAAAAUGCUGCCAUCACUGGAGCUGCUGGUGAAAACACUUCUGGAGCAGCAGCUGGAGUGACAGAGACAACUAGACCAUCAACAGAAGAAUCAGCAACCACUAAACGAUCAAAUGAAGUCUCAGGAAAAACAGUACCAUUAACUGAAGGAUCAAGGACAACUGUGCAAUCAAUUGGAGUUACAGGGACUACUGGAUCAUCAGCUGAAGAAUCAGAGACAACAGUACCAUCAACUGGAGUGACAGGGACUACUGAAACAUCAACUGGAGGAUCAGGAACAACUGGAUCAUCAAUUGGAGUAUCAGGGGCUACUGGACCAUCAACUGGUGAUUCUGGGGCGACUGCAUCAUCAGCUUUAGGUUCAAAGACAAGUGAACGAUCGGUUAGAGGAUCAAGAACGACUGAGAUAUCAGAUGCAGUGACAGGAACAUAUGAACCAUCAAUGAGAACAUCAGGGACAACUGGAAAAUCUAGGUCAAUUGGACCAUCUGUUUUAGGGUCAGAGACAACCACUCCACUAUUUGGAGCAACAGGAACUACUAUUGGAAAAGGAACCAGUUUAUGGUCAUCUGGAGGAUCAGGGAUCACUGGAUCAACACGUAGAAAUUCAAUAGAAACUGGACCAAAUGUUGUAGGUUCAGAGACAAGUGCACCAUUAUCUGGAGCAACAAGGACCACUGUUAUAAGAUCGGGAACCAGAUCACCCUCAUCUGGAGCAUCUUGGACCCCAGGACCAUCAACUGGAGGAUCAGCAACAACAGGACAAUCUGGUGUAGGUUCAGAGACAAAUGUACCAUUAUCUAGAGCAACAGGAAACAUAGUUACAGAAUCAGGAAUGGGUUUACCCUUACCUGGAGCAUCAAGGAAACCUGGAUCAUCACCUGGAGGAUCAGCAGCAACUGGACCACCUGGUAUUGGUCCAGAGACAACUGCAGCAUUAUCUGGAACAACAGGAACUGCAGCUAUAUCAUCAGGAACAAGCUUAUCAUCAGUUGAGAGAUCAGGGACCACUAGAUCACUACCUGGAAUAUCAGGGACAAGUGGACCAACUAGUCUAAGUUCAGAGAUAUCUGUGCCAUUAUCUGCAACAACAGGAACUAAUGUUAUAGGAUCAGGAACAGGUUUACCCUCAUCCGGAGCAUCAGGGACCCCGGGAUCAUCACCUGCAGGAUCAGCAGCAACUGGACCACAUGGUGUUGGUUCAGAGACAACGGCACCAUUAUCUGGAGCAACAGGGACCACUGCUAUAAGAUCAGGAACAGGUUUAACAUCGGUUUUAAAAUCAGCGACCACUAGAUCAAUACCAGGAAGAUCAGGGACAACUGGACCACCUGCUGUAAGUUCAGAGACAACUGCACCAAUAUCUGGAACAAGAGGAACUGCAACUAUAGGAUCAGGUCCCAGUUUACCAUCAGUUGAAGGAUCAGUGAGCACUAGAUCACUACCUGGAGGAUCAGGGACAAGUGGACCACCUAGUGUAAGUUCAGAGAUAACUGCACCAUUAUCUGGAGCAACAGGGACUAGUGUUACAGGAUCAGGAACCAGUUUACCAGUAUCUAGAGCAUCAGGGACCCUUCGAUCAUCAACUGGAGGAUCAGCAGCAACUUCAUCACCUGGUGUUGGUUUGGAGACAACAGCAACACUAUCUGGAGCAACAGGGACUGCUGCUAUAGGAGCAGGAACAAGUUUACUCUCAGCUGAAGAAACAGGGACCACUAGAUCAAUUCCUCAAGGAUCAGGGACAACUGCACUACCUCGUGUAAGUUCACAGACAACUGCAGGAUUAUCUGGAAAAACAAUAACUGCAGCUAUAGGAUCAGCAACCAGUUUACCAUCAGUUGAGGUAUCAGGGAUCACUAGAUCACUACCUGGAGGAUCAGAGAGAAGUGGACCAACUGGAGUAGGUUCAGAGAUAACUGUGCCAUUAUCUGGAACAAUAGGGACUAAUGUUAUAGGAUCAGAAACCACUUUAACCUCAUCCAGAACAUCAGGGACAUGUGGAUUGUCAACUGGAGGAUCAGCAGCAAGUGAACCACCUGGUAUUGGUUUGCAGACAACAGCACCAUUUUCUGGAGCAACAGAGACAGCUCCUAUAGGAUCAGGAACCAGUUUUUCCUCAUCUGGAACAUCAGAGACACCUGGAUCAUCUAUUGGAGGAUCGGCAACUGGAUCACCUGGUAUUGUUUCAGACACAACUGCCCUAUUAUCUGGAGCAGCAGGGGCUACUGCUAUAGUAUUAGGAACAAGUUUACCUUCAUCUGGAGUAUCAGAAACCCCUGGAUCAUCACCUGGAGGGUCAUCAGCUGCUGGACCACCUGGCCUUGGUUCAGAGACAACUGCACCAUUAUCUGGAGAAACAAGAAUUGCCACUAUAAGACCAGGAACAGGUUUACACUCAUCUGGAACGUCAGGGACCCCUUUAUCAUCUCCUGGAGGAUCAGCAACAAGUGGACCACCUGGUAUUGGUUCAGAGACCACUGAACCAUUAUCUGGAGCAACAGGAGCUGCAACUAUAGGAUCAGGAACCAUUUUAUCAUCAGUUGAGGGAUCAGGGACCACUAGAUCACUACUUAGAGGAUCACAGACAAAUGGACAACCUGGCGUAAGUUCAGACAUAACUGUGUCAUUGUCUGGAACAACAGGGUCUAGUGUUAUAGAAUCAGCAAGCAGUUUACCCUCAUCUGGAGCAUCAGUGAACCCUGGAUCAUCACCUGGAGGAUCAUCAGCAACUGGAUCACCUGGUGUUGUUUCAGAGACAAUGGCACCAUUUUCUGGAGCAUCAGAGACCGCUGCUUUAGGAUCAGGAACCAUUUUACCCUCAUCUGGAGCAUCAGGGACCACUGGACCAUCACCUGGAAGAUCAGCAGUAACUGGAUCACAUGUUAUUUUUUGGGAGACAGAUGCGGUAUUAUCUGGAGCAAAAGGAACUGCAGUUAUAGGUUCAGGAACCAGUUUACCAUCAGUUAAGGGAUCAGGGACCACUAGAUCACUACCUGGAGGAUCAGGGACAAGUGGACUGACUGGUUUAAGUUCACAGAUAACUCAGCAAUUAUCUGGAACAACAGGGAGUAAUGUUAUAAGAUCAGGAACUAGUUUACCCUCAUCUGGAGCAUCAGGGAACCCUGCAAUAUCACCUGGAAGAUCAGCAGCAACUGGACCACCUGUUGUAGGUUCAGAGACAUUUGGACCAGUAUCUGGAGCAAUAGGCACCACUCUUACAGGAUCUGGAGACAGUUUAACAUCAUUUGAAAGAACAGCCUCUACUAGAUCAAUUCCUGGAGGAUCAGGGAGAACUGGACUAUCAGUUGUAGGUUCAGAGACAACUGUGUCUCUAUUUGAAGUAACAGGGACCACUGUUAUUGCAUCAAGAGCCAGCUUUCCAUCAGCUGAAAGAUCUGCCACCAGUAGUUCAAUACAUGCAGGGUCAGGGACAAGCGGACCAUAUAUUGUAGGUUCAGACACAAGUGCACCAUUAUCUAGAGCAACAGGGACCACUGCUAUAGGAUCAGGAACUGGUUUACGAUCAGUUGAAGGGUCAGGGACCACUAGAUCAGUACCUGGAGGAUCAAGGACAAGUGGACCACGUGGUGUAAGUUCAAAGACAAUUGCAUCUUUAUCUGGAGCAACAGAGACUAAUGUUAUAGAAUCAGGAACUAGUUUACCCUCAUCUGGAGCAUCAGGGACCCCUAGAUCAUUGCCUGGAGAAUCAGCAGCACCUGAACCACCUGGCGUAGGUUCAGAGACAACUGCACCAUUAUCUGUAGGAAAAAAGACUACUAUUUAUGGAUUAGGGACCAUUUUACCCUCGUCAGUAACAUCGGCGAACCCUGGAUCAUUACCUGGUGGAUCACCAACCCCUGGAUCACCUGGUUCAAGUUCAGAGACAACUGCACCAUCAUCUGGAGCAAGAGCAACCACUGUUAUAGGAUUAGUAACAAGUUUACCAUUAGUUGAAGGAUCAGCGACCACUAGAUCAAUAUUUGGAGGAUCAGAGACAAGUGGACCAUCUGUUGUAGGUUCAGAGACAACUGCACCAUUAUCUGGAGCUACAGGGACAACUGUUAUUGUGUCAAGAACCAGUUUGUCAUCAGUUGAAACAUCAGCCACCACUAGUUCAACACCUGGAGAGUCAGGGACAAGUCAACCAUAUGUUGUAGGUUCAGAGACAAGUGCAUCAUUAUCUGCAACAACAGGUACCACUGUUAUAGGAUCAGGAACCAGUGUACCCUCAUCUGGAGCAUCAGGGACUCCUGGAUCAUUGCCUGUAGGAUCAGCACCAACUGGGCCACCUGGUGUAAGUUCAGAGACAACUGCACAAUUAUCUGGAGCAAAAAGGACCAUGGUUAUAGGAAGAGGAACUAGUUUACCAUCAGUUGAAGGAUCAGUCACCACUAGAUCAAUACCUGGAGGAUCAGGAACAGCUGGGUCAUCUUUUGUAGGUUCAGAGACAGCUACACCAUUAUCUGGAGAAAUAGGGACGACUGUUAUGAGAUCAGGGACAAGUUUACAAUCAGUUGUAGGAUCAGGGAUAACUGGAUCCACAGUUGUACUGUUAGGAACAACUAGAACCUCUAUUGUAAGUUCAGGGACAAUUGAAUCAUUAUCUGGACCCUCAGAGACAACUGGAACAUCAAUUGAAAGAUCAGGAACAACUAGUUCAGUAUCUGGAGUGACAGGAACCAAUAGAAUCUCUGUUGUAAAUUCAGGUAUAACUACACUAUCAUCUAGAGCAACACUGACCCCUGAAUCAUCGCCUGGAGGAUCUGUAUCAACUGAAUCACCUGAUGUAGGUUUAGGGACAACUGGAUCAUUAGCUGAAGCAUCAUCGACAACUGAAACAUCAGCUGAAGAAUCAGGCAAAACUGGAACUUUUUUUGCAGGUACCAGGACAACUGGAUUAUCAGCUGGAAGUUCAGGGACAACUGGGCCACCAUCUGGAGAAAGAGGGACCACUGUUAUUGAAUCAAGAGCAAGGGGAUCAUCAGCUGAAGCAUCACGGACAACUGGAUCAGCAGGUGGACUAACAAUAACCACUAGAACAUCUGGUAUAGGUUCAGGCGCAAGUGCACUAUCAUCUGGAGUGACAAGGACAACAAUAACAUCCAGUGUAGGUUUAGGGACAACUGGAUCAUCAUCUGGAGAAACAGGGACAACUGUUGUUGAAUCAGGAACAAGUGGACCCUCAGGUGAAGGAUCAGGGACAACUGCAUCACCAGAUGGAUUGACAAGAACAACUAAAAUCUCUGUUGUAAGUUUAGGGACUACUGGACCAUCAACUGGAGUGCUGUGGAAAACACGAACAUCUAUUGUAGGUUCAGGAACAACAGGACCAGCAGUUGAAGUAUCAGGGACAGCUGGACCAUCAUCUGGAGGAUCAAGGACAACUAGAACAUCAAUUAAAGGAUUUGGAACAACUGGUUCAUUAGCUGGAGUUACAGGAACAACUAUAAUCUAUGCUGAAAUUUCAGGGACAGCUGAACCAUUAUCUGGGGUGACUAGGACUCCUGUAUUAUCACCAGGAGGAUCAGCAUCAACUGGAACAAGUGUUGUAGGGUCAGGGACAACGGGAUCAUCAGGUGGAGAUUUAUGGAGAACUGGACCAUCAACUGGGAAAACAGGAACUACUGGAUCAUCACCUGGAGAAUCAGUGUCAGGUGGUAUUUCUGCUGUAGGUUCAGGGACAACUGUACCAUCACCUGGAGUCACAAGGACAGCGGGAGUUUCAGAGACCACUCGAUCAUCUGUUAUAGGAUCUGAGACAACCAGACCUGCAGUUGAAGGAUCAGGGACAACUGGAUCAACAGCUGGACUGACUAUAACCACUAGGACAUCUGUUGUAGUUUCAGGGACAACUGGACCAUCAUCUGAAGUGACAAGGACAACAAUAACAUCUGGUGUAGUUUCAGGGACAAAAGGACCACCAUCUGGAGAAACAGAGACCACUGUUAUAGGAUCAGGAGCAAGUGGAUCAUCAGCUGAAGGAUCACAGACAAGUGGAUCAACACCUGGAAUGACAAGAACCACUGGAACAUUCAUUGUAGGUUCAGAGACAACUGCACCAUUAUCUGGAGCAUCAGGGACAACUGGAUCAUCACUUGGCCUGACUGCCACAACUAGGUUCUCCGUCGUAGGCUCAGGGACAAUGGAAGCAUCAACUAGAGAAUCAUGGACAACAAGCCCAGGAGAUGUAACUUCAUCAACCAUUGUAUUGUCAGCUGGUGCUUCAGGAACAACUAGACCUGGAGUAACAAGGACAAGUAGACCAUCUGUUGUAGGUUCAGAGACAGCUAGUCCGUCAUCUGGAGAAACAGGGGUAACUAUUAUAGGAUCAGGGUCAAGUGGAUCAUCAGCUGAAGGAUCAGAGACAACUGGAUCAACAGCUGGACUGACUAUAACCACUAGGACAUCUGUUAUAGGUUCAGGGACAACUGGACCAUCAUCUGGAGUGACAGGGACAAAAAUAAUAUCUGGUGUAGGUUCAGGGACAACUGGGCCACCAUCUGGAGAAAGAGGGACCACUGUUAUUGAAUCAAGAGCAAGGGGAUCAUCAGCUGAAGCAUCACGGACAACUGGAUCAGCAGGUGGACUAACAAUAACCACUAGAACAUCUGGUAUAGGUUCAGGCGCAAGUGCACUAUCAUCUGGAGUGACAAGGACAACAAUAACAUCCAGUGUAGGUUUAGGGACAACUGGAUCAUCAUCUGGAGAAACAGGGACCACUGUUGUUGAAUCAGGAACAAGUGGACCCUCAGGUGAAGGAUCAGGGACAACUGCAUCACCAGAUGGAUUGACAAGAACAACUAAAAUCUCUGUUGUAAGUUUAGGGACUACUGGACCAUCAACUGGAGUGCUGUGGAAAACACGAACAUCUAUUGUAGGUUCAGGGACAACUGGAUCAUCAAUUGGAGUAUCAGAGACAAUUGAUACAUCAGCUGAAGGAUCGAAGACAACUAGACCAUCAACUGGAAGAUCAUGGACAACUGGGACACCAGUUGAAGGAUCUGGAACAACUGGAUCAUCAACUUUUACAACCACAGGGGCCAGGAGGACAACUUGGGGGCCAGGAAGUGAGGUUACCACAUAUGAAGGUGGAAUCAGUAGAUCAGUAGGAGCUACCAGAGGUGCUGGUAGUGGAGGCCCAGUUGGAGCAUCAAGCUUUGGAACCACUUCUGCUGGGAACCAAGCAGGAGCCACCCCUGGCUCAACAAUUGCACCAGAAAGAUCCACUACUACUGGCUCCAAUAAUGCAAUUCCACCAGAACCUGUUGUAGAGGCUACAACUUCCAGAGAAGAUACUGGUACUGCUGGAAUUGGAUUCCAGACAGGCACCACUGAGGUAGCCCCUGGCACAACUGUUGCCCCUGGCAAUUUCAACACAGGUACUACAGGUAGAGUCUCUGGAAAAACUCUGGAACCUGGAAGUUACAACACAGAGGUCACCACUUCCACGAGAAGAAGUGGGACCACCCAACCAGAACUUCCAGGAGGUAUCACCAUGGUUUUACCUGGAGCCAGCAGUAGUUCACAGAGUUCCAUGUCAGGUACUUCAGGAGAAUUCUCUAAGACAACCAUAUCUGGAAGUUCCCACACAGGCACCACUGAGGUAAUUCCUGGCACAACUGUUGCCCUUGGUAGUUCCAACACAGGCACAAUUGAGAGCAUCUCUGGCAAAACUCUGGGACCUGGAAGUGCCAACACAGAAGCCACAAGUUCCACAAGAGGCAGUGAGACCUCCCAAGGAGGACUACCAGGAGGUAUCACUGGAGAAUUGUCUGGAACAACCAUUGCAUCUGAAAUUUCUAACACAGGUACCAGUGGUGUAGUCUCCAGCCCAGCUAUUACAUCUGGAAGUUCCAGCACUGGUACCAAGGGUAUGGCCUCAGGUACCACUGUUGAACCUGGAAGUUCCAAUAUCGGUAUCACCACGAAAUUAAAUGAUGGAAAGACAGUCCCAGAGGGUUCUAUUUCAGGUACCACAAGGGUAGCUUCUGGCACUACACUUGAACCUAGCAGUUCAAACACAGGGGGAUCUAGUAGUGAAGUCACUGGCAUUCAAACAGGUACUACUGGAGUGUAUCGUGGUAGUACCAUCUCACCUUGGAGUUCCAACACAGGAGCCACCACUGGCACAUCUGAGAGGCCAAGUCCUGGAAGUGAAAUAGGUACCACUAGUGUAGUCUCUGACACAACAGUUGCAUCUGGACACUCUAACACAGGGGCCACAACUUCUUUGGGAAGUGGUGAAACCACCCAGGGUAGAAUUAAAAUAGUUACCACGAGGGUGACUACUGGCACAACUAUCGCACCUGGGAAUAUACAGGAGGAAGGAAGAGUCACUAGCAUAAUUUCAGGGAGCCAAUCUACUAGAAGUAAAAUGGGUACCACUGGGACAGGCUCUAGGACAUCCUCACCUGGAAGUUUCAAAACAGGCAAUAGCCUGGAAUCAGUAGGAGUCACCAGUAGCCAAGAAGGCACUGCUGUGAUAUCAAGCAAAAUUACUGGUGUCUCAGAAAGUUCCAGCCAAGUUACCUCCAAGGAAACAUCUGAAACAACCAGUGCUCCUGUAAUUUCUACCACAGUCACUGCUUCCACAGGAGUCAAGGAAACCUCUGGAACUGGAAUGCAAACAGGCUCCACCUCAGUGUCAAAUGGAAUCACAACAAGCCCCAAAGUGUCCUACCCAGAAACCACUGUAGUAGCAACAGGAGAUCAAGAAAAUGAAAAUAAAACAGGAUGUCCAGUAUCACUUCCACCGCCUCCAGUUUGUCAUGGUCCACUAGGAGAAAAGAAGUCUCCUGGAGACAUAUGGACUGCCAAUUGCCACAGAUGCACCUGUACAAAUGCAAAGACCGUAGACUGUAAACCCAAGGAGUGUCCUUCUCCACCCACAUGCAAAACUGAAGAGAGGCUUGUAAAGUUCAAAGCUAAUGAUACCUGUUGUGAAAUCGGGUACUGUGAACCAAGAACAUGUUUAUUUAAGAAUAUCGACUAUGCGGUUGGUGCUUCAUUUGGUGACCCCAGCAACCCAUGUGUCUCCUACUUCUGCCACAGCACAGGUUUCGUUGCGGUGGUACAAGACUGCCCAAAGCAGACUUGGUGUGCAGAAGUAACCAGAGUCUAUGAUUCAAAUAACUGCUGCUAUACAUGUAAAACUAAUUGCAGAUCUUCACCUGUGAAUGUGACUGUUAACUACAAUGGUUGCAAGAAAAAAGUUGAGAUGGCAAGAUGCACAGGGGAAUGCAAAAAGACUCUCAGGUAUGAUUAUAAUAAAUUUCAGUUGAAAAAUUCAUGCCUUUGCUGCCAAGAAGAAAACUAUGAGUUCAGAGAAAUUGUUCUUGACUGUCCUGAUGGCGAUACAAUACCUUACAGAUACAGGCACAUCACGACGUGUUCCUGCUUAGACAUGUGCCAACAAUCUAUGACCUCAACAGUCAGUUAA